UGGAUUGUAUAGUAAAAAAAUGGGACCGAAUGAAAGCAGGGAAGGCUCUGGAAACAGUAAGGAAAAUGGUCGCAUCAAAAAACGAAAUGAGAAAAAUGGUGGUGACUUGCGUAAGGACAAGUUUGGCUGGUCCACUGCUGCUGCAAUUGCAACUGGCGCUGUGGCAGGAGCGGCUCUGCUGGCCUAUAGUAUAUUUAGUCUGGCUUCAGGUUUAGGUUCAGGUUCAAAUUCAGAGCAGGAGGAGGAGAUGAUGAUUGCUCCGGGCACUGGCGGACUUGAACAAAUCUCUAGGGCUGAAUUUGAGAGUAACCCUGGACAGUAUUUCAGAGAGCUCCGCCGCAAAUAGAUAGCCAGUCCCGGUGGGAUGGGAGCAUUGUCCUUCUAUUAUGCAUAUUGGCUUGCUAGCCUUUGGUUUUGGCUUUGGCUUUAGCUUCUUUUUUUUUUUUUUUUUCUCUUGUAUGUUCUGUUGCUUGCUCUGUGUUUGUGGUUUUAUGAAAUUUUUAUUAUAUUUUGGUGUUUUAGUAGCUUAUAAUCUUUUGUUU